AUGGUACUAGUGCUAGAGAUGCUUCUUGCUGCAUCCAUUCAAGUACUGCUUGAGAGGUUAUCCUCUCCCCAGUUUCUGAACUUCGUUUGCCGAAGGAGAAAUCAGAAACGGUUGGCCGAGCUUUCAACAAUUAAGAUGUUGCUUGAAGAUGCGAAUGAGAAGCAACACACUGAGCGGGAUGUGAAAACAUGGCUUGAUGAUCUCAAAGACUUGGUCUACGAUGUGGAAGAUAUUCUGGAUGAGCUAGCCAUCAAAGCUUCGAAGCGCAAGUUGAUUGGUGAAAGUCAGGCCGCUAGCACUAGUAAGGUACUGAAUCGCAUCCCUGCCUUAUUAACCGGCUUGACUCCUCUAGCUAGUGCUAUUAAGAUGAAGAUUAGGAUGAGAGCAAGGAUAACAGAACUCACAACUCGAUUUGAUGAACUUAUGACAAGAAAAGAUAAUCUGAACUUGAAUCAAAAUUCUGAUGGCCGGAGUCCAAACAUAAUAGAAGAGAUCAUACAACCCUCCAUUUCUAUGAUGAACACAGACAGAGAUCAAAUGCAUGGUAGGGAUAGGGAAAGAGAUUUUAUCCAACAAUUAUUGCUCAGUGAAACACGUGGUGAUGCUGCUUUAACUAAAGUAAAUGUAAUUCCUAUACAUGGUAUGGCGGGUAUAGGAAAGACAACUCUUGCAAAGUUUGUAUACAAUAAUCAAGAAGUGCAAAGCUAUUUUUAUCCGAAAGCAUGGGUUUGUGUUUCUGCUUAUGAUGGAGAUUUUGAUGUUGCGACGAUUACAAGAGCAAUAUUACACUCUAUGACACCUGAAAUUAACUAUCACUCCAUGGAUUUAAAUCCGUUGCAACGCAAACUAGAGGAGCUAAUAAAUGGGAAGAGGUUUCUAAUCGUUCUGGAUGAUGUUCGGAAUGAGAACUACCGUAAGUGGACUACCCUACGUGCUCCUUUUGACGCAGGGGCUUCCGGAAGCAGCAUUAUCAUCACAACUCGCCAUCAAGAUGUCAUGUCACUGAUGUCUACGGUUGAAGUUCCACCUUGCAUGUUGGGAUUAUUGCCAGAUAAAGAUUGUUUGUCUAUACUGGCCAAACAUGCAUUGGAUACAAGAGACUUUUGUGCACAUCAGCAUCUUAAAUAUGAUGCCGAGGAAAUUGUUAGAAAGUGUGAGGGCCUGCCUCUAGCGGUAGAAACAGUCGGAAGCCUCUUGCGUGUUAACAAUGAGUACUGGAAAAUAGUUUCAAACAGCAAGAUGUGGGAUAUAUUGAAGAACAAAAAGGAAAUUGUUCCGGCUCUUAUGUUGAGCUAUAACAAUCUACCUCCAGAUUUAAAGAGGUGCUUUGCGUAUUGUUCUAUAUUCCCAAAGGGUUAUGAAUUUGACGAGAAGCAGAUGGUUCUAUUAUGGAUGGCAGAAGGUUUGAUUCAACCAGGACAACAGAAAAUUGAAAUGGAAGAUUUGGGUAAGGUGCAUUUUCGCAAUCUGUUGUCAAGAUCAUUUUUUCAACAAUCGCGCCAGCAUAAAUCAAGAUUUCUAAUGCAUGGGCUCAUCAAGAAGUUGGCUAAAUCGGUUGCUGGAGAUACGUGUUAUAGAAUGAAGCUGGAUAGAGUUAAAGAUAGAGAGCAAGGGAAUAUUUUUGAAAAGACCCGUCACUCAUCUUAUUUGGCAGGAAACUACGAUGGAAGUGAAAAGUUUGAGGUCUUUUCUAAACUUAGAUGUUUACGUACCUUCUUACCUCUGAGGUCGCCAUCUCUUGGCGAUUGUUAUUUGGCGCCUAAUGUUCCUCUUCAAUUGAUUAAAAGAUUACGAUGCCUAAGGGUUUUCUGCUUGAGGGGGUACCGCAUAACCGAGCUAUCCGAUUCAAUCAGUAAUUUAAAGCAUCUACGGUAUCUUGAUCUUUCCGAAACUUUGAUCAGAAGCAUGCCAGAAUCAAUAACUACUCUCUACAACUUACAAACUUUGUUGUUGGAGAAUUGUUUCCAUUUAAAUAAAUUACCUUCAACGUUAGGGAACCUUGUCAACCUUCGCCACCUCAAUAUUCAAGGAGCGAUUCAUUUGGAAGGAAUUCCUAUGCAAAUAGGUAAACUAACGUGUCUCCGGUCACUAUCUAAUAUGGUUGUUGGUAAAGACAGUACUUGCUCUGGGAUAAAAGAGUUAGGGUCUUUGCCACAUCUUCGAGAGACACUGUGCAUUUCAGGAUUGGAGAACGUGACUGAACCCAAGGAGGCAAAGGACGCUGCUUUAAGCAACAAGCCCGAAAUUACAGGGCUGUCGUUGGAGUGGAAUGAAGAUAUUGAUGAGGAGACAGAUAGAGCAAGUGAGUUAGAAGUACUUCAAAACCUAGAGCCUCACGAGAGCUUGAAAGACCUCACUAUUAGAUGCUAUGGUGGUAGAGAUUUUCCGACUUGGUUAAGACGUCCAUCAUUUCUUAAUAUGGAGCUCUUGAAGAUUGAAAAUUGUGAAAAGUGUACAUCGUUGCCGGCAAUUGGGCAACUAUCAUCUCUCAAAUUCCUUUCCAUCGGAGGCAUGGCUAAUGUGAAGAAUAUUGGUCCUGAGUUUUGUGGGAAUGAUAUCUCUCAACCGUUUAGGUCCUUGGAGACUCUGCACUUCCAUGGUAUGAAGGAGUGGGAGAACUGGAGUCCCUGCGAAGAAUUCCCAAAAUUACGUGAGCUUUCCCUUAGACGUUGUCCCAAGCUAAACGGAAAUUUACCAAACCAACUCCCUUCACUGAAAAAAGUUAAGAUAUAUGGUUGUGGGCAGUUACGGAUCUCAGUUCCAAACAUUCCGGAUGCCUAUGAAAUAGAAGUGGCCGGAUCAAAAGGAGUUGUGCAUAGAAGUGCGGUUGACUUCAGCUCAUUAGAAAUCCGGUCUCUUUCUAAAAUCUCAAUGUUCACAUCUGAAAUAGUAGGGUUUGAUAAGCAAUGGAUGACACAUGCAAAAGAUUUAACUAUUUCUACAUGUGAGGCCGAGUCGACACAUUUGUGGUCAGAUGAUUGCGAAUCACUGCCGGAUCUCUCAUGUCUUGAUCUAUUGUGCAUUGAGAGUUGUCCUAAACUUGUUUCUUUGGUCGUCGGGAGAAAAGAAGAACUGCUCCAACAGGAUAUGCCAUGCCCGCCCACACAAAUCGAGAUCAAGAAUUGCAUAGCCCUGAAAUCCUUGCCAGAGUCAUUGAUGUACAACAACACUCGUCUUAAGUUGAUUCGAAUUGUGAAAUGUGAUUUGCUAAAGCAUAUUGCAAGACGCCAGCUACCUCCAACUCUGGAGCGGAUAGAGGUAAGUGAAUGCAAGGAACUGGAGUAUUUGCUGGACGAUAUUGCUGAUAGCAGCAGUUGCAGCAACACCACAUCUCAUCUUCAGUACUUGAAAAUUCAGCGCUGUCCAUCUCUCAAAUCCUUGACAAGCAGCGGAGAAUUACCUGCAUCACUCAAACACCUCGAUUUGUUGAAGUGUGCACAGCUAAACUCAAUAGCGGACAGGUUACAUCAUAACUCGUGUCUUGAAUGCAUUGUCAUUGUAUGUUGUGAAAGUCUUGAAUACUUACCCAGAGACAUACACACUCUCAGCACUCUUCGUGAAAUUGAUACUACGGAUUGUCCGAGUCUUAGUUUCUCCUUGAGCGAAGAGUGGCUCCCUGCCAACCUGAGAGUGCUUCAUAUAUCUGGCUGUAAGAAAAUGGCACUACCCAAAGGCAUACACAACCAUACUUCACUUCAAAGUUUGACACUACACCGUUGUCCAGACGAUCCAGACGAUGUAUCCUUUCCGGAAGAAGGUUUUCCCACCAACCUAAAAUUACUUUCUAUAUCUCAUCCCAAAAUGAUUGAUGCCUUGUUGGAACGGGGGUUGAACAAACUUACCUCUCUUGAUAACCUUGAAAUUAGUGAAUGUCCACAUCUGGUGUCCUUUCCAGAUCAGAUGAAGUUGCCUAAAUCUCUAACAAGUCUCACCAUCUCACACUUCCCGAAUCUGCGAAACCUAUCUUGUGCGGGCCUUCAAAACCUCACAUCUCUUAAUGAACUGAUUAUCAUUGAGUGCGGAAAGUUCACGUCCUUUCCAAAGGAUGGCCUACCUCCCUCACUCUCGAAACUUUGUAUUAUUAAGUGCGAAAAGCUCCUGUCCUUUCCAAAGAAACGCCUGCCGGCCUCACUGUUGCAACUUCAUAUAUAUCAAUGUCCUCUAUUAGAAAAACACUGUGAGAAAGAUGGAGGAGAGGAGUGGUGGAAGAUAUCUCACGUCCCUUGCGUCAGAUUCAACACAUAUCAUUGA